AUGGGCCUGGAAACCCUUACUACGAGGACUUUUGCAAAUAACGAAGGUUGGUGCGCCACAAUUGAGAUAGACGGUGCUCGGUACCGCCGCUCAAGGGUCAGCCUACCAAAGCCUGCCACGCAUCACUUCAGUAUUACGACUGUCUACAUGAAUAGCCAGGAAGAGUACAGAGGGGAAUAUCACUUGCAUCCUUAUGGCGAAAUCAAUUGUGUUGUUCAGAUCGACGAAGGGGCUGAACUUCAGGGAAUGAAGGGAUGGCAAGGUGCUGGCUGGACGAGCCCCGCUGCAGGAACACACCACUACCCCGUGGUUCGAAAAAGUGCCGUUGUUUCACUCUAUUUCUUGCCAGCUGAGAGGAUCAGUUUUGCUGCUACUGAAGAUAUGGUUCAGCCCUUGGUAGUAUAG